UAUUGCGCACAGAUGUCCAUCUAUAAAAGGAGAGAGAGAGGGAAAGAGUAUCCAAUUUCGUUGCAGAGGCUUUCUUCCUAAUUUGGCUUCUCGCUCUUAAAUUUUAGAGAGAGAGAGAGAGAGAAUUUUUUGAGGGAGAGAGAGAGAGGGAGACUAAUUUUGUUGCAGAAGUCGUCCAAAUUCCUUCGCUUUCGUCACUUUGAACCUUUUUUUAAUUUUAGAGAGAGAAAUGAGAGAGAGUUUUAGGGAGAGAGCGCAAUUAAGGAUUCGGAGAGUAUUGUGAAUAAAUUGCAGACAGAGAAAGACAGGGAAUUUGGAAGGUAUUGGAGACGAAUUUUAAAUAGAGAAUCAUUUGAGAGUUUCGACGAGAGAGAGAGUUUUUAGAAUAUUUGUCGUGAGGUACUUUUCUGGAGAAAGAGGCUUUGAAGUUUGCAUUAACGAGGACAGUGUAAUUCCGUGACUUAAUGGUUGUCUUUUUUAUGAGAUUUGGUGGCUCACGUAUUUUCCUGAGAUUUCUAGAGAGAGAAAGAAAGGGAGAAUUUUGGGUUUUAAAGUUCUUGUUAAAUUAGGACACCGGUUCUUCUCAUCGGUAUUAAAUUCCUGACUUUAUUCUGAGUCCCUAGAUUGUAGUAUCUGUUUGGGUUUCACCAGUUCAGGGAUUUAGGUUUUUGGACGUUAUGGGUAAAAAUUCAUCGGACGAUUCAUGAAUUUUGUGAGAAUUGUUUGAGAAGAAGGGAAAUUAUUGGCUAACUUCUACUGAAAUUAGGGUUGCCGGGAAAUAUUGGCUGAUUUUUGUGAGGAUUUAAUUUGUAGAAAGUGAUGGAGGUUUCAGAGAAAAUAUCGAGUGCUCAGGAUGUGUUAGCAAGCAUGAAGUUUGCAGUGUUACCCAUUGCAAAGGUCUUCACGAUGUGUUUUCUAGGGUGUCUUAUGGCGUCGAAAUAUGUUAAUAUUCUUCCGGCUAGUGGGCGGAAGCUUCUAAAUGGGCUUGUGUUUUCUCUACUCCUCCCAUGUCUGAUCUUCUCUCAACUUGGACAAGCUAUCAACUUAAAAAAAUUGUUAGAUUGGUGGUUUAUUCCUGUCAAUGUUGUUCUUGGUAGCAUAUCAGGUUCACUGAUAGGCCUGAUUGUUGCCAUCUUUGUUGAACCUCCAUAUCCAUACUUCAAGUUUACAAUUGUACAAAUUGGAAUUGGAAACAUCGGUAAUAUUCCUCUUGUCCUGAUUGCAGCAUUAUGUCGAGAUGAAACCAACCCGUUUGGUGAUUCUGAUCAAUGUAGUCAGCAAGGGACUGCAUACAUUUCAUUUGGCCAAUGGGUUGGUGCAAUUAUUUUGUAUACGUAUGUCUUUCAUAUGCUUGCUCCUCCUCCUGGAGAUUCCUUUGAGAGCAUUGAGUCAGAUUCCUUUGAGAGCAUUGAAUCUGGAAAAUCUCCCACAAACACUAUUUCAAGGGGUUCUGGGCCUGAAACAUUGCCCUUAUUAGCACCACAGGCACCUGCAACACAAACUUCCAACAAUACGGAAAGAAUACUCAAAUUCCUUUCCUCGCUUUGCGAGAAAUUGAAGAUUAAGCAAAUUCUUCAGCCUGCCAUAAUUGCUUCUAUCCUUGCAAUGGUAUGUGGCUGUGUGCCAUUUUUGAAGCGUUUGAUCCUUAACGAUGAUGCACCAUUGUUCUUUUUUACAGACAGCCUCAUGAUUCUUGGAGAAGCCAUGAUUCCAUGUAUAUUGCUUGCAUUAGGAGGCAAUCUUGUUGAUGGCCCAGGUCCAGGAAGUUCGAAGCUAGGCUUCCGAACCAUAGCCGCUAUAAUAUUUGCACGACUUGUUUUGGUUCCUCCAGUAGGUCUCGCCAUUGUAACCAUGGCAGAUAAGCUUGGCUUCCUUCCUGCUGGUGAUAAGAUGUUUCACUUUGUUCUUCUUUUGCAACACACCAUGCCCACCUCCGUGCUCUCUGGUGCGGUUGCGAAUCUAAGAGGUUGUGGAAAAGAAGCAGCUGCAGUACUGUUUUGGGUGCACAUCUUUGCUGUUUUCUCCAUGGCAGGAUGGAUCAUUCUUUAUCUCAAAUUGCUAUUCUAAUUCCAUUUUACUCGAUCAUCUCUUCUCUCUUUCUUUUUCUUUUUAAUCUCUCUAUUCAGUGUUAUGUUUAUGGCUUGCAUAGAGAAUAAUACUUUGGUGAUAUGUUAAUACCAAUGUUCAUUAGUUACCAUUUGUUGUCAAGUGACUUGGAGGUACCUAUUUCUCAACCUCAACCAACUUGGAAGAAAUGAGAGCAAUUUAUAAA